ACGGUUGAACUUCCGGGUCGCUGGUUCACAGAGCAGUCACUGCCAUUAGCUGCUAGCCGCUCUAGUUGUGAGGAAAGAAACCAGGCCAGUCAAAAUGAAAACAUCUCUAGUGAACAUCGUUUUACUCUCAUCCCUGCAGGUGUUGUUGUCUUUGACGUGCUUUCAGGAGGUGGUCGAAGCAGCCAGCAGCAAAGGGUUUGGCGAUAACAUCCACUGGAGGACGCUGGAUGACGGCAAGAAAGAAGCUGAGGCCAGCGGGCUGCCAAUCAUGCUCAUCAUCCACAAGAGCUGGUGUGGAGCCUGCAAAGCACUGAAGCCCAAAUUCGCCGCCUCCAAGGAAAUCAAUGAGCUUGCACACAACUUUGUUAUGAUCAACCUGGAGGACGAGGAGGAGCCAAAGGAUGACGGCUUCAGCCCCGAUGGUGGAUACAUUCCUCGGAUUCUUUUCCUCGAUCCCAGCGGUAAAGUCCAUCCUGAUAUCACCAACAAGAAUGGGAAUCCCAACUACAAGUACUUCUACAGCACCGCAGAACACGUUGUGUCCGGGAUGAAGGAGGCGCAGGAGAAGCUGACAGGCGACGCCUUCAAGCAGGGUCACACUGGAGACGAGCUGUGAGGAGGCUGUAAGGGCUACACUUCCUCUACCGGAGCCUGUGCUUCAGAGCGCCAUGUUACAUAAACAAACAAACAAACAACCCCUUUCACCAAUUACACUUGUACUUUAAACCGCGGGCUCCAUCUGGGGAACCAAACCAAGCCAACCAUUAAAAUCGGUGCUUGUAUUUCUGUUUUUCCAACACGACUACUCAUUUCCUGUCAUCAUCUUUGUUUUAAAACACAUAUUUGUAAUCUACUGUUAAUUAAAUGCCAUAUGUACUGUAUUUACUGUCUGUAGAGGAUACAACCAACUCAAGCUAGCCAAGUUAACCGUUACUAACUCUCACUUGCAUACACUGUUGCUGGAUUUAAACUUCACAUCUGGAAAAUGCCAAGUUUUAAGGAAAUAGUCAUGACAGUCAUUUUGGUUUUGAAGAAGUUUCAGAAACGCCUUGUAGUACAACGUUGUACUUCAUUUGAACCAGUAGAGUCAUGUUUAUACCCAACAGCAAUGACCCAGUACUUCAUAUUAGUCGAGAUCAAGUCUAACACCUCCUGUGAUGUGCUUCCAAAGAUCCUCUGCAGUACGUUAAUUAUAUCUGUGAUAAUUCUUCCCAUAUGGGCUUCUGUACUUUCUGUUAACAGUCUUUAAAAUAAUAUGAAUUAUUCAUUUAAUCCUGCCAGUUUCUGUAUUCUUAUUUAGCUAUAUCUACAUUUUCUUUCCUGAUCUUGGUUUGUUUUGAUGCUCAUGAAGUUUUCUUUUUUUGGGGGGGGUUUUUGAAUGAGGGAUGAAAACAUUGGUUAUGUGUCUUGAUGUAUUUUAUACAUGUACACAGCCAAAGUGUGCAAAUAAAGUUUGUUGUACUGAGA